AUGCCUCCCGCGCAGCUUCAUGCGGGAGCGCCCCGGGUGGUCGCUCCGGCGCCUGCGGUCCCUCUUCAGUCGCCACCGCCUUCGGAGCUGAUGGACGUCGACCCCCCAGCCGGGCCGCCUUCCCAAGCGGUGGCUGUGCAGCCUGUACUGCAGCCGCUUUCCUUGGGCACCCCCAAGGAGUCUGACACCGCAGCGCCUUGUCCGGCGCCCACUCCGCAGCCGUCGACGCAGCGCCAGGAGACGCUGCCUCUCUUCGUGGGUCCCGACGCCCCGUCGCGUCCAGUACCAGAAGCUGCGCCCGUGGUCACAGGCGUGCACCCUGACCUCGGUUUUCAGUCGGUGUUUCCCGAGGCCCCGCGCAGCCAAUGCUGGGGUGCGGACCGGGGACUGCCACCGACAACAGUCUCCGCCCCGGUCUCUUCUGCUACGUCUGCGGCCAGACCCCUCCCCCGCCGUUGA